AUGUGUGUGCACGUAUUCGGCAAUAGUCCUAGUCCUGCUAUUGCAUCAUACGGACUUAGAAAAACUGCCAUGGAAGGAGAAAAUGAGUUUGGCUCCGAUAUGCUAGAUUUUUUCACUAGAGAUUUCUACGUUGAUGAUGGUUUAACUUCGAAACCUUCUAGCGCCGAAGCAAUUGAUCUCAUGAAGAGAACCAAGUCAGCUUUAAAAUCUAUUGGUAACAUUCGACUACACAAGAUAUCUUCAAAUGUUGACGAAGUCAUGCAUUCGUUUGAUAAUGAAGAUCUUGCAAAAAGUCUUAAGGAUCUCGACCUUAGUUCCGAUAUUCUUCCAAUACAACAUAGCCUUGGUAUGAACUGGGACCUUGAAACUGAUACUUUCAUGUACUGCAUCGAUAGAGAUGUCAAACCGUAUACUCGUCGAGGAUUAUUGUCAAUAAUAAACAGUAUAUUUGAUCCUCUUGGAUACUUAGCGCCAGUAACUAUUAAAGGAAAAUUACUGCUAAGAUCAGUUAUGACAGGACAGAUCAUGUGGGAUGAACCGUUACCAGAAGAGGUUUACAACGAGUGGGAAUCUUGGAGAACGUCACUCUUUGAUUUUGAAAAAGUAAAAUUCAAAAGGGGGUUUGUAUCUACUUCAUUUAGUUCAGCAAAAACAAGGAAGAUUCACGUUUAUUCCGACGCAUCAGAGAAGGCAAUAGCCGCAGUUGGUUACCUACAACUAGAUGACGAUAACAAUUUUGGUUUUAUUAUGGGGAAAGCAAAGGUUGCACCCAGUCACAGUCAUACGAUUCCACGCUUAGAACUAUGUGGAGCUUUGCUAGCAACAGAAAUAGGACAAACAAUAUCCGACCAGUUAGAUAUACCUUUGUCUGAUAUUCAGUAUUAUACCGAUAGUAAAGUUGUACUAGGGUACAUCUUCAAUUCAUCACGACGAUUUUACAAUUAUGUGUCAAACCGUGUUGCGAAAAUCCACACAGUGUCAAAUUCCGAGCAAUGGUCUUAUGUGCAUACAGAUGGCAACCCAGCCGAUCUGGCAACUCGAUCAAUUAUUCCUUCGAAAUUAGAAAAUAGUAUAUGGCUAUCCGGUCCGGUGAUAAAAAAUGAUGCCGAUCAAACUAUUGAAAAAUUUUCUCUGAUCAAUCCCGACACCGAUAAAGAAAUACGUCCUGACAUUACAACUAGAAAAACAACGAGUCUUGAGAAACUCUCCUUGGGAUCACAACGAUUCGAAAGAUUUGGAAACUGGAAGUCACUUGUUAGAUCAAUUGCGCUGAUAAAGAACUUUCUUGUUAAUAGAAUCUCAAAAGAAACUAGGUGUCAAUUAAGAGAUGCAGAGAUGUUCGUUGUUAGAGUUGUGCAAAGCGAGAUCUUUUCAGACGAAAUCGAUUGUAUUAAAAAUGGCAGGCAACUCCGUGGAAAUAGUGCACUGUUGCAGUUAAGUCCAUUUAUCGACAAUGAAGGCAUUCUGCGUGUUGGUGGGCGUAUCAAAAUGGCAAAUGUACAACCCGAUGAAAGGAAUCCAAUCUUGAUACCUAGAAGACAUUGGAUUGCAACUUUGAUAAUUCGGUAUUUUCAUCAAAAGAUAAAACACCAAGGAAGACAAUUUACAUCAGGAGCGAUACGAACAGGAGGAUACUGGAUAGUAGGUGAAAAGCGUCUUGUUUCAUCAAUAAUUUACAAGUGUAUAACUUGCCGCAAGCUUCGCAGGCAUACCGAACAACAAAAAAUGGCAGACUUGCCUGAGGACCGUGUGAUCCCCGAAACACCAUUUACAUCUAUAGGUAUCGACACCUUCGGACCUUGUCCGUCAUAA